AUGGGCACCAGUCUGGUUCUCUGUACACAGAAAAAAUCUCUGAUCGAGCAGGAGCUGCUGGAGGAUGAAAUUGUUGUCUUCGUGAAGAAUGAGCUAACAAGGAUGAAGAAUUCUCUGAAUCCAGAAUUCUCUGACUUGUCAGAAAGUCAAAAUGAGGACGAGGAGCAAAGGAGCAGAAGGGAAGCAUUUCUGAAACUCACAGUGCACUUCUUGAAUAAAAUGAAUCAAAAGGACCUUGCUGUCUUUCUGAUGAGCAAAAACCCUCAUCCACACUUUGGGUAUAAACUUAAAUCUGACAUAAAGAAGAAGUUGCAGCCUGUGUUUGAGGGGAUUUCUAAAGUACGAAACUCCUCCAGUCUGAAUCAAAUCUACACCGAGCUCUACGUCACAGAAGGCGGGAGUGGAGAGGUCAAUAAUAAAGAUGAGGUCAGACACACUGAAAGAAAUGUCAUUAAAGGUGAAACAACAAUCAGAUGUGAAGACAUGUUUAAAACAUCAACCGCAAGAGACAAACCAAUCAGAACAGUGCUGACAAAGGGAGUGGCUGGGAUCGGGAAAACAUUCCUGACACAUAAGUUCACUCUGGAUUGGGCUGAGGGCACAGCUAACCAGGACAUAAAGUUGAUAUUCCCAUUCACAUUCAGAGAGCUGAAUCUGCUGAAAAAUAAAAGAUUCACCUUGGUUGGACUUGUUCAUCACUUUUUUAGUGAAAUCAGAGAAGCAGGAAUCUGUAACUUUGAAAACUUCAAAGUUGUGUUCAUCUUUGAUGGUCUGGAUGAGGCUCGAUUUCCUCUGGACUUCCACAACACUGAGAUGCUGACUCAUGUUACAAAGUCCACAUCAGUAGGUGUGCUGCUGAUGAAUUUAAUCACUGGGAAUUUGCUUCCUUCUGCUCACUUGUGGAUAACCACAAGACCUGCAUCAGUGGGUCAGAUCCCCUCCAAAUAUUUAGACGCUCUCACAGAGGUCACAGGGUUCAGUAACCCACAGAAGGAAGAGUACUUCAGAAAGAAAUUCAGAGAUGAGAAGCAGGCCAACAUCAUAAUCUCCCACAUAAAGACAUCAGAAAGCCUCCACAUCAUGUGCCAGAUCCCAGUCUUCUGCUGGAUCACUGCUACAGUUCUGGAAAACCUGUUAAAAAGCAGCGAGGAAAAGAGGUUGCCCAAGACCCUGACUGAGAUGUACAUUCAUUUCCUGGUUGUUCAGACCAAAGUGAAGAAUAUUAAGUAUGAUGGAGGGGAAAGGACAGAUCCACACUGGACUGCAAAGAGUAAGAAGAUGAUUAAAGAACUGGGGAAACUGGCGUUUGAGCAGCUGCAGAAGGGAAACCAGAUCUUCUAUGAAUCAGACCUGAUAGAGUGUGACAUUAGUGUCAGAGAGGCCUCAGUGUACUCAGGAGUGUUCACACAGAUCCUUAAAGAAGAGAGAGGACUGUACCAAGAGAUGGUGUUCUGCUUCAUCCAACCGAGUGUUCAGGAGUUUCUGGCGGCUCUUCAUGUCCAUCUGACAUUCACCAACUCAGGUGUCAACGUGCUGGAAGAAGAGCAAACAGCCUCUAUACAGGCCAAAGAGUCUUUGGCAAUACGUUUCUACCAGAGUGCUGUGGACAAGGCCUUACAGAGUCCAAAUGGACACCUGGAUUUGUUCCUUCGCUUCCUCCUGGGUCUCUCAAUGCAGACCAAUCAGAAUCUCUUACAAGGCCUACAUUGA